CUAUUCUCCUCACUCUAUUUAAAAGCGGAACGGGUCACAUCUCUGGGAAAGGAUUGGCACCGUCCGUGUCUGAAAUGUGAACGAUGCAAGAAGACACUUACUGCCGGGUCGCAUAGUGAGCAUGAAGGCAAACCCUACUGUACGAUUCCCUGUUACCAAACGUUGUUUGGCCCCAAAGGUUAUGGGACCUCUGCGAGCAGUCACGUUUACAAUUGAGCACGUGGUACAGGAAGCCUAGAUGGCUUCUGAUGACCAGAUUCAUUCCUGUUUUUUUUAGAUUGCUGAACUUUACAAUACACAACUGAGUCAUCAUGCA